AACAGUUUUGUGGUUCGAAUAGGAAAAAUUAAACAAAAAAGUUUUUAUUACAAUCAAUGGAUAUUUUUGGUAAAAUUCUAGCCAUCCAAAUUUUCGCGUUGUGUAUUACACUGGUGCUCGGUGAAUACAGAACAGGUCUACCAUGUGAAUUUACCGACUCAAUCAAUAUAACGGAAAGUAAACGAAUCUACCCGAAUGGGAGCAUUCUUCACAACAACUUGCUUUACAAACCCCAAAAUUACGCCUGGAUCAACUACACGUUUCAAUCGAACAAUCGAAUCGAUCUGAAUAACUCCUACUAUCGGGGAUGCGUCUGUCAGGUGACGAACUGUGUGUGGCUUUGCUGUCACAAGUACUCGGAUGUCAAUGGCAUUCCCACUUGCACCGAUCCUGAGUUUAAGGAGCUGCUGGUCGACGUCGUUGAUCAAUCUGGAGCGGUCUACGAGGUGGAUUUGAUUGGGAAUAGUUCGCUGUGGAAAGCUUUGAGAUAUCCUUAUGGAAAAAAUAGAUUUGGAUUUUAUCAAGACGAGUGGAGUAUGAAUAGUACUGGAUUUGUAAGUUCUGUGGUAACAGUGUCGCAACAGUCAUAUUGCUUCAAUAGAUCACAUAUAUUGUCCGAAAUUUCUGAUGAUCUUAAAGGAACGGUGAUAACUUUUGCCAACAUCACGUCGAUAGUGUUUAUGUUGCUCACACUUAUCAUCUAUUUAUGCAUCCCAGAGCUACGUAACGUCCAUGGCAAAUGUUUCAUUUGCUAUGUUUUCUCGAUGCUUUGCAGCUACACAUUGCUUGUCUUUACAAAGUUGGAUUAUAAAUUGUACUACUGCUACUAUUACCAAUAUUUCUGGAUCAUGGCUGGAUUUUUCUGGUUGAACGUGCUGUGCUUCGAUAUCUUCUGGACGUUUAGCAGUUGUGUUGUCAAAAAAGACGAAAGAAAAAGAUUCCUGAAAUAUUCCUUGUAUGCUUGGGGUUGUCCGAUGCUCCUGCUGGGACUGAUAGUUUUGAUCGACAAUACGAGUUUUGUUCCUGAGGAUUUCAGACCAAACAUAACCGCGGAUCAUUGCUACUUUGGUAUUUAUUUGAAAAAUAGUAUUCUUUUUAUGUGUGACAUUUCAUCAAAUUAUUUUUCAGGUGAUCUAACAGCCGCGGCUAUCUAUCUGUACUCGCUAAUGAUGGUGCUGGUUCUGGUCAACAUUUUCUUUUUCGUGAUGACAGCAAUUCGCAUCUUGCGAGUUCAACGUGCAACGGAUGUGGCCUUACAGCGUGGUUCGCGACGGCACAGUUCCGUUGAAGAUCGUUACCGAAUCCACCUGUACCUGCGGCUGUUUGUCGUGAUGGGAGUCUCGUGGAUAUUUGAGGUGGCUUCCUUUAUCGCUUGCCCCGAGGGCUCAUGUAUGGAUGAUUUUCUUCACAUGAAUUCUUGGCUUGGGUUGAUAAUUUUCCUCAUGUUUGUGUGCAAAACCAGCGUCAAGCAGAUGAUUCUAAAAAGGCAUUUAGAUUUUUUGUUGUUUAUUCAGGGUUCUUUGUAUAUAAAUAUUUUUCUUUUUUUCUAGGUUUGGCAACGACGGAUUCCAGAACCGAAAUAAAUCCAGUUAUACAGUUUCAACAAGUUGCAUCAGUGUUAAUAACGCAGCUAUUCCGAUGCGUCACUUGAGUAGGAAGGAGCCAAAAUUAGGAAAUAUUUGUGACAGUACAUAUUUUUAUGGAAAACAUUAUUAGUACAA